CUACUCGAAGGUGGUCUGGCGUAGUGUUUCCAUGAGAACGGUUUACAUUGCAGCAUUCGUGUUUUCACCAUACCAGCGUCCGGGGAAGAGAUCCCCCAUUUUCGUCUUGCACUAUAGUGCGCAGGACAUCCUACCAAGUUUAGCAGCAUGUCAGGGUACUACGACCCUUGUCGAUUUAUGUUCAUAGGACUGUGGAUGUACCUAUUAGUAAGCGUGGAAUGUCUAGAAGAAGUGCUUUGGGACGGUUGCGCGUCUAACUAUGCUGUAAAAGAUGUUGAUAUUUGCUACAAUUUAACGGCUCCCAUGGAUGGUGUCAAUGCCUGGCGGCAUUGCCCGUCAAUAAAAUUAACGCCGGACUUCAUUAAACCACCAAUAGCUGGUCGGUUUCUGGAGAGGCUGCGGUCAUUAAUGAAGGCACUUCACUUAAAUGAAACUAGCGUUUGGGUGGGCGGCAUUCAAGCCUACUUUGAUUCAACUAAUUAUGUGACUUAUAAAGGUACAUUUUCGACAUCAAACUUUUCGAGUGAAGAUUCUGGCACUGGCCAGCGGUGUCUUUCCUUGAACACUACAAAACCCGAAGACACCAAAGACACUGAAGAAUUCCGUUUAAUCGGGCGUGAUUGUGCCAAAGAACUACCAAUGGUGUGUGCGUUUCCAAAGUUUGUUGGAGUUCUUCACGAAGCGGCAGGACCGCAGGCAUGCAACUUCCCGAAUGCAGUAGUUUUGGAGCCACUUAAAUUUUGUUAUGAAAAUACAAGGGCUUGUAGGGGGACCAUCAUCACUGUUCUUCCUACUUCUGACGGAAAACUCUCGGCGAGAAAUCCAGUGAAUGUUGAAAUAUUAAAAAUGAGAAUAACUGGAAAAUUGUACCUGAAAACUAACGAAACAUACACGAAUGCUACUGACAUUUGCUUCAAAUCGAAUGCCCCACGUGAUUCAAUUAUAACAGCAAUACGUCUCCAACUACAAUAUAACAGGACGGCGGGAGGUCUGACGCUGUGGGUGAGGAACCACCAAAAUGCUGUGUGGCCACCCAAAUGCGUGGGAGGAGAAGUCCAAGAUCCUGACGAAGACCCUACGGCACUGCUGAUUGCUCCGUCAGGAGGCAGUUUGGCCUCCCCCGUGAUUUGGUGUUACGCGAAGAACUUCGUUACUGGUUCUAUCGCAUUUUCUAACAGAGUAAUGAGACCUAAUAUAUCUAGAGAAGAUACCUGCCAUCAUUUUAAAGCAGAUGGUUCUAAACUCGUAUUCGUAAACGAGAGGGCUUCCUGCCUUCGUUGCCUCAAAAUGGCUAUGAGCAAAUGUCCAGAAGACACUGACAAAUCGUGCGUUCCACCCUGUGAUGAGAAAAAGGGCUGCGGUCAUUUCAAGAUAACGCUUGACGAAUGGAUGAAUUCUCUGAAACGAGAUGGUGGCUUUAAAGAACUCAAGAAGUGUGCAAUGGACGAAGUAUGCGCUGGAGAAGCUAUAUGGCAACUUACAGACGGAGGGGACUGCAAUGGAGAUGGCAUUGACAACUGCGAUGACCGUUUGGCGAGGGUACUCGACCCCAUCUGCAACGGUAGUACUGACCCUAGAAAAGGAAGAAUCGGUUCCCGGUACUGGAAGUGCCGAACAAAUAGGAGAAGUGAUUUUGCGGAUGUUUUGGUCGGGAAUAAAACAGCUCGGUAUUUCUGUGAAAAUGACCUGCCAAGGAAAAGAUCGUGGGCUUCUCCUAUAUAUUUAGACGAAAUUUCGCCGUAUCUUCCCACAGUUUCCACAACACCACUACCACAUUCAACGACCAUGCCUUCUUUAGUGCCCACCACAACACCACCAUUACCUUCAACAACUCCAAAACCCAUGUCUCAGGAACAAGCCGUCAUGACGCUUCACAAAUUAACGAUAAACCCGAACGCAACCUUCACUAAAGACGAAAUGGAGGAUAUAGUAAGAAACGUGAGCAAGCUUUUGAAUGUAGGAGAGCAAGCUCUAUUAAAAGCACAAAUGGAAGCUAACGUCUCAUCCUUAGCACAACUUCUAGAAAACGUAUUGGUGCACGCUCCCGAUAACUUCAAUUUGACAACCGACAAACUCGCAGUCAGCAAAGAAAAGGCCAUCGGUUUUCAAAUAGUGCUCUCUGACGAACCUUCGAGCACAGGUGAUUCGUUCGGACCUGCAGCGAGGCAAAUUCCUCUUAAAGAUGAAUCGGAAUUGCGUAGGUACAGUAAGAAAUUUCAGGUUGAAGCUGCCGUUAUUUUACCCGAUCUACCAGAAAACGUUUCAUUGGUGGUUGUGACGUUUGCCAACAGUAACGAUUUCGUACCUUGUAGACCACCGCUAAAAAUGGGAAAUUAUACUAAUUCAAAUAAUAGAAGUGCUAGCGAUGUCGGUGCUCCGAGUAAUUCACCCUACACUGCAAAUGAAACCAUUGGAUCACCGCUCAUGGAAUCUGGAAAUGAAACGUUUGAAACUAUUCACACAGACGUGUCUAAGAAAUAUUGUCCUUUCCAAGCAGGCAUCGUUAUCGGGUGCAUCAACUCCCACAUUUUGCAAGUGGGUCUGUUGAAUAAAAACGGCUCAUACCAAAGGCUGCCUGACGGGAAACAUGCUGACCUUAUAUUUAGAACGAAGACAAAUGCUUCUCUAGGACAGACCAAGACGUGCGUUUACUGGGAUUUUGAGAAAAAGGGCUGGGCCUCGCACGGCUGCAAGUUGGUGCACCAAGAAAACGGCCUCGACACGUGUCGCUGCACGCAUCUCACGCACUUCGCGCAGCUGGUGACGGACGGCGACGCCGUGACGGGGCCACACGCCGACACGCUACGCGUGCUAAGCGUGUACGCAUGCGCGGUGUCCGUGUUCGCCUUGUGCGGGGUGCUCAGCGCCGGAGCCUUCUCUCGGAAAUGGCGAGAGAAGAAAGAGAACAAGAUGCUGCAGCUAGCCGUCGCCCUGUGCGCGUUCAUGCUGCUCUUCCUGUGGUCGGCCAUCUUCUCGAAGCCGCCGCUCAACGUGCACCGCUGCAAGCCGCCGCCGCCGCCGUCGGCGGCGUGCCGCGCGCGUGGCGCCGCCCUGCACUACGCCGUGCUCAGCAGCUUCUGCUGGAUGCUGGUGGAGGCGCACACCCACUACAUGCGCCUCAGCUCGCCCUCGGGCAUCGACGUGCCGCGCUUCGUGCUCAAGGCCGCGCUCGUGGGCUGGGGCGCGCCCGCCGUGGCCGUCGCCGCGGUGGCGGCCGCCCACGCCGACACCUACGCCGGCAAGGGCCGCGACUUCUGCUACCCGUCGGGCGCCGCCUUCUACGCCGCGGUGCUGGCGCCCGUGUGCGCCGCGCUGCUCGCCAACGCCGUCGUCUUCGCGCGCGUUCUGCGCCUGCUGUUCCCGCGACUGUGCGGCUGCGUGGCCGCCGCCGGCGCCCAGGCGCAGCGCCCGCCCAGGCGCUCGGGCGUGGACGAGUGGCGGCUGCUAUGCCGGAAGCUCAUCGUGUGCGUGGCCUUCACCUUCCUGUUCGGCCUCACGUGGUACGUGGGGCUGCUGUGCUUCACGGAGGAGGCCGCGUACUUCUUCUGCGUGGUGGUGAUGCUGCAGGGCCCGGCCCUGUUCGUCUUCUUCGUCCUCGGGGAGGAGAACGUGAAGAGAAGUCUGAAAUCGAUCGUUCGGAGACGGAUCAGGCCGAGCGAACAUAGUUCGGGUGGGACGAGUGCUUUGUCGAAGUCAAAGACCGACCGACUGCAUGUUCGGCCGGACACAAUUCCCCUGUCUCAAUCGUACAAUAGCUCCACAAACACUUCUCCAGUAUCUGAGACUACGCCUUCCACGGAGUUACGCUCCUUCGAAUGAACUCUCGCUGCUCACUUAUUUGCAAACCAUUGAUUUCUAAAAGUAUUUCAUGCAAUAUUUUGGUGAGUGCUGAUUAUAAAAGAAAUAAAUACGACUCUUUUAAAAAUGUAUAAAUAUAUGAAGCACUUUCAUACGUUUCUCAUUGCGCAUGAUGUUCCUACAACAAUAGUUCGUGUUCGUUGUAUGAAAUUUUGAAUUCAAGACGAAAACGUUUAUUAAAGACUUCAGCUAAGUCGUAAAUAGUCUUUUAUAUUCUGAAUAUUGUGAAGAACUAAUUUAUAUUGUAUGUAUGUAGGGUGUAUACGUUAUUGACUAGUCGGUUUGAUUGUAAUACAAAUAUUAUUGCAGAGACUGAAAAUAACUGUGUGGAAACUAUUUGUGUGUAUCAUUGCAGUAUUAAAACCAAGGGAUGAAACAAAUGGGAAGCGUGGCGAUCCGAAGCAAUUCUUAAAACGACGGCUAUUUUUUACAUUCAACACACUACUGGAAACGUAAUUAACUAAAGCGGUUUCGGUUUUUAAAAUGUCAUCUAUGGCUAGAAGCUAAGUUAGUUGCAGAUUUACUUUUAUUAAAAAGAUGGAAUAAUCCUUUGUUAAUCGAAACAUUUUCUAUCAAAAACCGAAUCCGAAAUAUUUUAUUAACCAAUUUAUUAUUUAAAACGAUUUCAUGCCUUGAUUAUAAUACGUAAAUAUCGAUGUUAUAUAAAAAAUAAACUUGUCAAGAAAAAAAUGAAAUGCACCGAAAGAUACGUGUUUGUUCAGUUAGCAACAUAAGUGAGUUUAUUAUUUAAUUUCAAUUUUCCUUUUUUAAGUAUUAGAUGAUAAUGAUCUCAAGGGUACAAAGUAACAUAUUGGUAAACUCUAUGAAGUGUUAAUUGAGAUAUAGCUUUAGAAAGUAACGCUAUCCACAAAUUGCUGUAAUAUUAUUGUAUAUAGAACAAAAAUUUGUGCUCUCAUUUCUGAACGUAAAGUUAAACUCUUGGAACCAACAAAUUUACUUGGUGAUUGCCAUUGAACUUCCAUUAAAAAGGCUUCAAAAAUCCAAAUUUGUCAUUUUAAAUCAUAUUUCUCCACACCUUUAAUUUCUGAUCUCAUAUGUACGAAUUUUCCUAAAAAACUGUAUGUAACAUUUAAAUUGACUACCUUUUGUUGUAAUACAUAUUAUAUUAAUAACUUAAUUUACAUUUACUAUGAUGUAUUUUCCUUUCGAAAGCCAUACUUCCUUCCGAGUGCGAUGUCUCAGCUAUCUGCACGACUACGUCAACAUAAAAUACUUUGCCAUCGCAUUAAUUACAAGUGUUUAUUAGGGCGAAGGCAAAUAAGGUUCUUUUCGUUGUAUUAACUUGUGUUUAGCAAAUUUUGACAAUUAAUGUAACAAUGUCA